AAGUAACACAUCAAUUUUCUCCUUAAAAAGUGAUAAAAAUUUUUCAAUUUAGUCUUUUGAAAGCUGUGUCACUAGUGUUACCAUUGUGUGUUUAUUUAUGAGAUUUUUUUCAAUAAUGUGGGGACUAAAUUACCGAUAAAGAUUUAAAAACUGAUAACCUUAUCGCAGGCGUAACCCAGUGUGCUUAGUAUUAUUACUGAAGUCAAAGACAAACCGUUGGUCAAACUCCAAUAUGUGGGGUUUUCUCCCUCGUUUCAAUAAGGACCCUCAUGCCACACCCGACGAUGUGAACCUCCUCCUGUUAGGCGAAACAGGAGUCGGAAAGUCGACUUUGAUAAACUCAAUUUCGAACUACUUCAUCCAUUCCAAUUUCGCAAAAGCCCAGAAAGAGAAGGUCGAGAUUUUAAUCCCCAUGUGUUUAAAUAUAUCGGAAAAGAGCAAAGUUUAUGGCAAACCAGACGACAACGAAGUCCACGAACCUGGCCAAUCCGUCACCCAGAACGUCAAAGUACAUCUUUUUCCUAUUAAACUCGACCGCAAAACUAUCAACCUGAGAUUGAUCGAUACGCCAGGAGUCGGAGAUCCCAGAGGAAUAGAACAGGAUAAUAUCAAUCUGGACAACGUUCUUGCGUACUUGGCCACCCUGAAAGAACUCCACGGGAUUUGUUUCGUUUUGAAGGCGAACCAGACGAGAUUUACCCAGUUCGCGGAGUACUGUCUUAAGCAGAUAUUGACACGACUGGAUAAGAGUGCCAGUCAGAACAUCAUUUUUAUUACUACUUAUAGUAAGACGUCUGGUUACACAGCUGGCGAGACCAAGAGUCACUGUUUGGAGCCGCUGGUUAGAAGUAUACGAUCAAGACCUCCACAUGUGAGUAUUCCUUUAAGCGAUAAGAACAUCUUUGCUGUGGACAACGAAGGAUUCAAGGCCCUGUUGGAGAUCCAAGACGGGACUAAUUACGACCGACACGCAAUGAAAGGUUUCGAGCAAAGCUGGAUAAAGUCCACAAAGGAAAUUCAACGAUUGUUGAAGUACAUAAUUGGAGAUUCUAAACAUUCAGCUUUGAACCCUCACGACGUUGAAAACACCGUCAGCAUUAACGAAGUCAGGUUUCUCAUCGAACAGCUCACCACUCUUAUCGCUGAAGUGUCAGAAUUGAUACAAGACAACACCAGGGUGCUCGACAAGCAUGCUCGGGUUCAUAUAGAGAAAACUGUGAACAACGAAAACCAACGGAGAACAGAACUGGAAGCAGAAAGGGCAAUAAUUUCGAAAACCAUCGCCAAGUUUGCGUGCUUCCUGCAAGAACACGCACUGAUUCCGUUCAAUGACCUGUACAGCGUCUACAUUAAGCAACGUAUCAAAGAUGAAACGGAUCUAGGAAAGUCCGCUGAUCAGCAAGUCAUCACAAAAUUCGAGUCAAUGCUCAAAGAGCAUGAACAGCUUCAAAAAACCUUACAAGAAAACCCAAGAGGGUUACAAGCUGCGAGCAGCCAUUUGACCCUUGAAGAAAUUAAGAACAGUGUCACGGAGCUCUACAAUUUGAAACACAUGGGGAAGAAGAUACAAGAACUGAUAAAAAAAUCGAGCAAUAGUAGACGCAAAGAACGCCAGAAAAAAUUCCGCUGCACCGUUGAGCAAGAAAUCAUCUUGGAUAAAGCAACCGUUGAAGACAACGACCACAAGGGACACCAAUCGGUUAGCAGAAACCCUAAAAGCCGAACCCAAGACGACAUGCACGAGAAGCUAAUCCGCAUCUCAGAGAUUGCGAAGAAUGAUGAAAACUUUAUCCAAAAUGUAUUCCAGUCCAACCUUAAAAAUUUCAUACAGAAUAUGACUAAGGUGGAAUUAUUUUUAGAAAGGAACAGAACGGACGGCGACGCUUUCAAAAAACAACUAAUGUCUUUUUUGUCGGACACACACCCGUUAGUGAAAUUUGAAAAUUUGCUGGAGGAGUAUGAACGAGUACAAAUAAAACUGCGAGAAACAGGUCCAGAUAUAAAGGAAGAGGACCUCAAGGCAUUUACAGAUGAAAUCGAAAACACAAGACUAAUACCUGAGAAACUGUCUCCGGAGGGAACUUACAACGAUCCAAGAGAAGCUCUCGGCGGCCCACAUAGAAUCCACAACUCUUGGGAACCACGCAAUCAUGAUGCCAGAUAUCACCAAGAAGAAGACAAAAGUGGUGAUCGUAAAAGUUCAGACGAAGACCUUGACACAAAACGUGAGAAACAACCACACAGAACACACCAUAAAAGGGAACACUUGUCUAGACGCCACCGUAGUAGUAGCGAACGCUAUGAUUCAGAUGACCACAAAUCUAGAAAAUCGUCCAAUAGUGAUAGUGCAAGUUCUGCUAGAUUCUUUGACAACAGAAGCAGUGUCAAACAAUCUAGGGGCAAAUUCGCAUCUAGGAAAUCAAUUCGUACUAAGAAUAAGACUUCUAGUAUAUCAACAGGGUCAGAAUAACACCACAGCACAAGGACUGGAAAAAAAUCGCGAGACGAAGUGAAAGACUCGUCCAGAUGUCUUGGUCAGCGCCGUAGAAACGACAGUUACGAUUCGAAUGACCGUAAUUCUAGAGAAGCGCGCCAAGGGGGUGGUAAUAACCACUCUAAUCGCCAAGACAAAUCUGACUUUGAUUUAGAUGGUGGUCAUUCUAGUCUUAACCAGUCCAAGAAUGAGAAAGAGUCUAAUAAAAUACACCAUUUAGGUGGUGACCGUCCUGUCAAAUCUUCCAAAAGUGCAGAUAGCGUACCAAAAGAUAAAGACGAAGCGUUCUGCAAGAUCUUCUAAAGUGGAAACACGAAAGAUACAGAGUCUGCAACAAAAGCAGCCUAAUACUAACAAAGAAAAUUGUGAUUCCCUUGAUAAACAAUCUGUUAUCUCUUCUAAUAAAGAUACAGUUCAAGUGAUUAAGCCUAAAAAUAAAAUAAGACCCAAGUCUGACACACACACAGUUUAACGAAAAAAUUCAAAAAACAGUUUUAAAAGCACUGCAACUACAGGACUGCAGAAGAAUUCGUAAAACUUCAGGAAAUUCUCGAUAGACUACUUAUCAGUUGGACUGAGUGCAGUCUUCGUGUUUGUAAAACUUUUAUAUUUCUGGAAUUCUAUAUAUGUGUUUUGUUACAUAACCAAAAAAUAAUGUGUUAAAAAACUGCAAUAGUAAUUUACGCAACUAGUUCGGGAUAGCCUGCUUCCCGCAUGAACGCUUGUUUGAGGCACGACCGAAGGGAGUGCCGCAUUUGCGUGAAUGCGGGAAGCAGGCUCACGAACGUGUUGUGUACAAUAUUUUUUGCGACGAAUAAACCUUUAAACUGAAGAGAUUAA